CACUUGUAGGCACACACGCACGCACGCAUGCACACCUUCCUCUGCUUUGGUUACCUACAUUAUGCUGGUGUGACAUUGAGACAACCAAAAUUGAUCUUUAGCGAGACAACAAGCAGAAACAGUUGGUCAGACAACUUCAAUACCAUUUGACACAAUGACAACGACCUCAGCAAUGUCAGCAAUGUCGACAAUGGCAACAAUGGCAACAAUGGCAACGACAAUUGAAUAUGAUUACAGCGAUUACACAGAGGGCGAAUCAUGCAACAGGGAUGAUGACAACAAUCUGGGAGCAUGGCUCUCCAUCCUUUACUACUUCAUGUUUGCCUUCAGCCUCAUUAGCAACGGGAUCGUCCUCAUCAUCAUCCAUCGGUUUGAGCAGCUGACCACCGUGACCAACAUCUUGCUGCUGAACCUGGUGCUGUCCUCCCUGAUCUUCACGAGCAGCCUUCCCUUCAUGGCAGUCUACAUGCAGCUCUCGAACUGGAUCUUUGGUGAAGUUAUGUGCAAGAUUGUUAGUACAGUCUAUUACCUGGGCUUUUACAGCUCUGUCCUCUUUCUAGCUCUUCUGACCUUAGACCGAUACCUUGCAGUCCUAUACCCACUGAAUGACUUGCAAGUGAGAAACCGAAGGUGUGCAACAAUCUUCUGCACUGUGGUGUGGCUAAUCAGUGGUUUGGCAUGUAUCAGACCGAUGAUCAUCUAUGGCACUUUUAGUUCUAGUAUUGAUAACAAAACCUUUUGUGAUGAGCAUCUUCUAAACCUUGCCUAUGUCAACAUGAACCAGCUGAGAAUAUCUGGGUUUUACCUUCAGCUCAUUCUUUUCUUGAUUUUCCCACUGCUUAUUAUCGUCUUCUGUUACAGUAGGAUUGUAAUCACCGUCCUGUCAUCCAGGAUUGCAGCCAAAUUCAAGACAGUCAGGCUGAUAUUCAUCAUUGUGUUGCUGUUUUUUGCUUGCUGGACCCCUUUUAACAUUGUACUGUUGCAUCAAAUAUCUAAUGAAAUAACUGACUGUGUGGAACAACGGGAACUGGGUUAUGCACUCCAGAUCACUCGCACCAUUGCCUACCUUUACUUUUGCAUCAGCCCAGUAUUCUACACGUUUGUUGGGAAGAAAUUCCAGAACCACUUCAAACACCUGCUGGUGAAACAUUUCCCAAAGUUAAAGAAGCACGUGUCUGUGAGUCACAUCAGCAGAAGUAACGUGUCCACAAAAAACACAGCAAAUGAUUUUUAGGGGUUUUUAGCAGACCGUGGUUUUAUAACCAACUGAAAGAAGGCAUGAGUUUUCUUUCAUUGUUAAGGUGGAGAUCAGUGAGAUUUGAGCUGGGAUACAGUUUAGUGCAAUGGAUGUUAUGUCCAAAAAUGUAAUGAGGUAAACUUUAGAUUUCUAGAAACUGGUGUCUCUGUAGGUUUUAAAGGUUUCUGUAAUUUAAGUCAACAGUUGAAGAAGUUAAGACUAAUUAGUCUGCUGAUAGUCUGAUUAAUAUCUACCAGAUAAUCCUCUGCAUCCAGAUUAUUUCAGCCACUCUCUUUAAACUAAAAACCAAAGGGAAAAAGUUCUUGAAUCUUGCAUAUUAGUUCAUAUUAGCCUACUAUCAACCACAAUCUAAUUUGCUACUAUGUGAUGUAAGAAGAGAUGGUUCCUUAAAGGAAAACAUGCCACUCCUUCUCUGUAUAAGCUGUAUCUUCACUUUCUGUCAUUCAAGAAGACUAGAUUAAUGUGUGCUAGUGUAGAUGUUUGAUAUUGGUGAUGUCUGCCCUCUCAUGGCCAGAGUUCAGCUCUUUAUCUGUUAAAGCUGAGAAACUCCAGCUAGAAGAAAUAUAAAUACUAAAUUUAUGUUUCACUUUAAGAACAACAUUUUCAGACCAAAAUAUAUAUUUACAGAUUGCAGUUUGCAGAAAGUAAAGUCUAAAUAGUAAAAAAAAAAAAAAAAAAAAAA